UUUUGACGAUCUCGUUAUUGCAGGUUCGAUCAUAGAAUGGAUUUGAUGCUUGUGAAAAGUAGUCCAUUACAUUGGACGUGUUUAAUAUGGGUAUCCAUACAGAAUCUUGCCAGGAGAGGCUCAGGGGAUUAUCGGGAAUGACUCGACUGGACAUCAUCUUUGUUUUGAAGCAGAUUAUUAUUCCAGAUUGUUUGUUUACCACUUUACCAAAUAAAUUUGUAGGUUAUGUUAUGUUUCGGGUUUUUGACGUUUUGCCAAAUUUCAGCUGUCUUUUACUGUAUGGUUAUGAUGUUGUUCAGUCAAUUAUAAAAAAAGAGCAGGCAAUCAUGCAGUUGCUAAAAAUCCUUUGAUUUACAGUAAGUUAUUCUUUCUAAAUUUAUUAAUAACCUCAGGAAAAUCGUUGAAGAAAUCGAUUUAUUUUUGUCACAAGCCUGUCCCCAUUUUCAUCAUUUUCAUCAGUACAUUCAAAAUUGUAUUAACCCUACAGAUGUUGCUCCUUUCACAAAUAAUUUAUAAACACUGGAUUUAAAGAUGUCUUUAGAAGUAGUACCCAUCCACAAACACCCGAAAUACCUCAAUGAUUGUUGCAAACUCAUAAAUCAAGAGUGGACGCGCUCCGAAGGGGCUCGUAUGCACAGCCUAACGCAAUCUACUGACAAACUGCCCACCUCUCUGAUCCUACUCAAAGACAAAACAGUCAUAGGGCACGUUAAACUGUCCAUAAUACCGACCGUUAAAACCGCCUGUUUCUUGGAGUCCUUAGUCAUAGACAAGGCGUUGAGAGGAAAAGGCUUCGGGACGGUUCUAAUGCGAGAGGCGGAGAACUUCUGCAGGAACUUGCGGUUGAGCACGAUUUUUUUAUCGACGAGGGGCCAGGAAGAAUUUUACGCGAAGCUUGGCUACAUCGAAUGCAUGCCAGUUUCGAUUUACGGGGGAUCCGUGAGUAUUGUCUGCAAUAGUCUGCCGAAGAAGCCAGUAGAAAAUAGUACAAAAAAUUCUAAUAGUAUUGCCGAUUCGAGGAUUUCCUUGCCGCCUCCACCGCCGCCGCCUUUACCGUUCAAACAAAAUAAUCCUGCAACAGAACAGAAAUCGCCCAAAACGUACAUGAAAAAAGAUAUUUAAUUUUUUAGUAAAAGUACGAACAUAUUUCAGAUUAUUUAUUGUUUAUAUAAAUUUUAUAUAAGAUAAUAAACAUUUUACAUAAAAAUAUUAUUGAAAACAGUCGAAAUUUAAAUACAAUUCUUAUCACAUAACAAAGGAAUAAAAUUGGUUAAAGGGAAGAUAAAAUUGUAAAUAUUUUUUGGCUUAACAUAUACGUUAUAUUAGCUGCCUACUGGGCAUGGUUGUUGCAAAUUCCCACUAUUUGCCCGUAAUGUUCCGGUUUCGUUAGCGACUCGACUAAGAACAGUCCCAGGUCAUGUUUAGUUAUAACGCGCCCACCUGGCGAUUCCCCGUUUUUCACCUGAUACCCAACAGGUGGUUGAUCUGUAAUAUUUCAUAACCAUAAUUUCGUUCGGAAUAAAUCAAACAGAAACCUUUACCUGCAAUGUGCGGUGGGAAACAAGCGAUAUACUUCAAAUUCGUCCCUUUCAGCACGUCCAGCAUUCUUUGGUGAUCCGCAUUGAGAUCGUGGAACCUGGGCGGAACUUUCUGCGGCUCGUAGAAUAAAAACGCCGAUAAACAAACAGAAAUGACUUCCACGUUCGAUUCUUCCAUGGCUUUGAUGAUAUUUUUCAAGCCUUCGCUGAGAGCUGUGGUAGGGCUUAGGUCGUUUCUCGUUCCAACGGCGACUACUACGCCUUCGACGCCCCUUACGGCGUUUAAAACGCUGUCGUAUUCAAGAAUAUCCCCUUUCACGAUCUCGACGUUGUCUCUCAAAUGAUCGGGUAGUUUGGAUGGAUCCCUCACGAACGCC